AUGCAAAACUCGAAUGAUGCUCUCACCGGCCGGAGUCGCGUUUUUAUAGCGUGCCCGUUGCAGUACCCCCACCCGCCGGCACCCAGCCAAUCAGAAGCAUCCAGCGCGCGCCGUAACAGCAUAAAUACCGGUCUCUCUCGGAGCGAAGCUCAUUUUUCGUUGUGUAUUCGAUACGUACUGUUCGGUUUAUUUCCGUUCUAUUGUAUAGACGCAAUGGCUCGUACUAAGCAAACCGCUCGUAAAUCUACCGGUGGAAAGGCUCCACGAAAACAGUUGGCAACCAAGGCUGCUCGUAAGAGUGCCCCUGCUACUGGAGGAGUGAAGAAACCUCAUCGCUACAGGCCCGGAACUGUCGCUCUUCGUGAAAUUCGAAGAUACCAAAAGAGCACGGAACUUUUGAUCCGUAAAUUGCCUUUCCAACGUCUCGUCAGAGAAAUUGCUCAAGAUUUCAAGACCGAUCUUCGAUUCCAAAGCUCUGCUGUUAUGGCUUUGCAAGAAGCCAGCGAAGCUUACCUCGUUGGUUUGUUCGAAGAUACCAACCUGUGCGCAAUUCACGCAAAGAGAGUGACGAUUAUGCCAAAGGACAUCCAGUUGGCUCGUCGUAUUCGAGGAGAAAGAGCGUAAAUACUCUUAUGUAACAAACGGCCCUUUUCAGGGCCAAAAAUAUCUUCUAACGUAAAGCAUACCCUUGGAUAGUUCUAGGAUUACAUAGUUAUAUCGAGUACUUUUUUAAAGAUAAGAAGCCUUAACCAUAACAUCCGUGACUCUUAGAAUUCGUCACGCACCCAGCUAUCUGUUACCACCGUUUCCCAAACGACGACAGACCUUGCACACUGGUCGACGCUAACAUACAAUUUCUAUUCCAUACGAAGUAAGCACGAACUCAGAACCAUCAGUCGGCGUCUUCGAACCUAACCUAAAAUUUCUUACUUCAUGUUCUACAGCUUUCAAUUUGAAAACUUAGUGAGUCUUUCAUUUUAAAUCUUUAAAAUGGUAUAUUCGCAGCUGCUCGCCCCCCUCACCGCGCCUCGCGGAACUACUCGAUCCGCUCGACGUGCGCGAGAGGGAGAGAGACGACGAAUUACAACGAUCACCGAGUCCUUGUCUUAACCGUUCGCGACAAAUCGUGUCUUCGUACACAAAGCCGAACAGUUAAAAUUUAAUAUACUUAGUGACGCCAUCGGUGGCAAAUCGCCCAAGUUUGUUGAGAAAUAGUUCCAGUUUUUCACCGCUAGAAAUUUUCGAU